AACGACGAUCCCGCUAGAGAGGAAAGGAGUAGAGAGGAGAAGGGAGAGCGGAUUUCGUCCGUUCCGCGCAAUGGAAAAGAUCUCCGGCUCGCGCGAACGAAAGUCCUUUAAAAAAGGCCAAGUCGAAGAGACGACAUCGAUAUUCGUAUGGGGAGAAUUAUGCCAGGUCUGUCCCAUCUGCCUAAAAAUCUAUCGAAAGGAGCGCAUAACUUUUAUAGUUGCAAGAAAGGAGCCGAACCGAACGUGACGCAUGGAUGUGCAUACGAACAAAGAGCAUAAAGUACGCGAAGGUACGUAAAGGUAAAAGGAGCACGGUGGAUCUACGAGACGUUGUUCGUGAAUCGUUCGAAAGGACCAAUCGAACGAAAGAAAACUCCGUCGAUGUUCGCCAAUAGUAAAAGUAUCCGAAGGAAGGGAGCUACGCGUUCGUACGCGAAGGAAAAGGAGAACGCGGACGAUGGUCCGCGCGAAACGCCAUUAUAAACUCUUUUCUCUUUGGCAAAAUCUAGUAGAACUUUCGACGACGAAUUAAUCGUCCUUUUUAUUCGGCGCGAGUACGUUGCAACGCGAAACGUGCAUUCUUCGCGUAUCGAUGGAAACGUAGGCAAACCUUUUGCCUCUCGAUGACCUUUACCCGAGCCUUACGAUCAUUACGAAUCUUCGCGCGAAUCUUUCUUUCGAUUCGAGAGACAAGAGGAUCUCUUACCGAGGGAUAAGAACAUCGAACGUAGGACGCAUUUCUUUCCAUCCUCUCUUCUCUUCUGGCUUCGUCGGGAAAGAUCUUCGGUGGGGAGACAAGGGUGGUGGAGGAGGGGGGGACCGGCCGGAGAAAGAGAGAGAGAAAGCUAUCGAUUUCCGCGACGGACGUCCGACCGAGGGAUGAUCGAUCUCGAGGAAACGUUAUGAGCCGAACGUAGUAACCUUGACUCCUAUCGAUCAAGAAGAACUCUCUCGUUCCGAGUCGAGCCUGCUCCUGAACUCGAUAAGUCCCCACCUUCCGAGCAACGAGCCUGAUCGUAGUCGGACCCCACUAGGUCAGCGCAAUACUUAAGACGCGAGUUCAGCAUCGUGCGGGCUAUUCGCGCAGGAUCGUUCGUUGGACCACGAAAUGAGUCGAUUCGAAAAGAUCUAUCGAGAGCGUGCGAGCGAACGAUAGCCAAAUUCCAUCAAUUUUCUCGCUGCGUCCUCGUCGCUCUCUUGCCUGCUGGAACCUGGCGAAGAAAGGAACGAGUGAAAAUAUUCGACCCGUAAAAGUGCCAUCCUUCCGAAAGCAUCGUCGCGUGUUAUUCGUCGUCGAGCCUAAUCGUCGAUCGAGCCUCCGAGGAUCGUGGAUCUUCGAUCGAAAUUCAGGGGAAGGGGGGGGGGCAAGCAGAGGCAAAAGACUCUGCGAUUUCGAGCGCAUCGAUGGACAAACAUUGCUCUCGCGUUUCGGACACAAUCUAGCGUUCGAGGAGGAAGAGAAGAAGACGGAGCAAGAUCUCCUAGUGUUGUCCCUUUAGAAUCGAUCGCUCGGGGGCGCGCGACUCGGAGUAAAGUGCAGUGCCUCGAUCGGACCGAAUUCUUUUCCCUUUUGCGGGCCGAUCUCUCAUCGGGAAACGCAGAGAGAUGGCAUCGGCAGCGGCAGAAUUAGUGGCCGAGAGGGAAUUGGAACCGAUGCGAGAAAUGGUGGACGGGAACAGGACGACGUUCGUCGGUGCCCAAGGAUUGGUCAAAUUGGCCCUGGAACAGUACACGGAAAUCCUGGCGAGCGCCUCGGAUCCACGCGUUGGCAGCUGGCCUCUUAUGGAAUCUCCGAUACCGACGCUCGUCAUAGUCCUACUCUAUCUCUACUCCGUGACGAUAGCCGGUCCGCGCGUGAUGUCCAACAAAAAGCCUUACAAUCUCAGAAACGUUCUCAUCGCCUACAAUGCCUUCCAGGUCGUCUUCUCUCUGGGAAUGCUUUACGAGCACCUGAUGUCCGGAUGGCUGUUGGACUACAGUUACAAGUGCCAGCCGGUCGACUACUCCCACAAUCCGUCCGCUUUAAGAAUGGCGAGUCUUUGCUGGUGGUACUUUAUCAGCAAGUUUACCGAAUUCGCCGACACGAUUUUCUUCGUCUUACGAAAGAAGGAGAGUCAAGUGACGUUUCUACACUUGUACCAUCACUCUUUGACGCCUUUGGAGACAUGGAUUUGCGUUAAAUUCAUUCCCGGUGGACACGGUACCCUAGGAAAUCUCAUAAACAACGCGGUCCACGUGGUCAUGUACGCUUACUACAUGCUGGCUGCUAUGGGGCCCGAAUACAAAAAGUAUUUGUGGUGGAAGAAACAUCUCACCACGAUUCAGCUGAUCCAAUUCUUUCUAGUGUUCGUGCAUAGCGCGCAGGCCUUGAUCUUCGACUGCGGAUAUCCGAAGCUGGUCGCAAUCCUCUUGCUGCUUCACUCGACGAUCUUCUUUGCUCUUUUCUCCGAUUUUUAUCGGCGGGCCUAUCGCAGAACGAAGUCGAUCGAUAAGACGAAGGUGGAUUGAGAAUGGGAGAAGGACGAAAAGAAGGAGGAGGCAGAAGGGGAGCAGGAGCGGGAGGAGGAGGAGGAGGAGGAGGAGAAGGAAGAAAGCAAAAGGGGAAAAAAUAGAGAGAGAGAGAGAGGGAGAGCUAUUUCUCUGUCUCUUCCUUCUUUCUUUCGAAUCGCGUCUACCAACUACGACAUCUCUUUUCUUUUUUUUCCUUUUAAGCGUUCCAACUGGAUCCCGCGAACGCGAAGAUAGAAAGAAAGGGAAAAAACGCAGGACGUUUUCACGAACGACACGAGUGAAUUUAGUCUGAAUUUUGGCGAGGGGACGAGAGCGAAUGGGACUUUUUCGCCUUCCUCUUUCUAUCCGAUCGAUUCGAAUUGGAAGAAGAGGACGCCCGAGCGUGUGUCUCUUACGUGAGGAAGCUCGUCGAAGGAUUCGACGAAGAAGACGGAAGAACUUGGAUAGGAGGAACCAGGGAAUUCCGCGAAUUCUCUUCCGUUCGUCGAGUCGAUCUCGAUAGACCGGCCCUCUCGAGAUUGAUUUUCGAUAUUCGAUAACGUCGCAACGAAAAUAUGCGAAUACGGGCGGCAGAGAAGGUCGAUCGUUAAAUUUAUAAACUCUUCCACCGAUCUGUAAAAGCGCUUUUAAAAAAUAUCUUUACGUUUGUUUGCUUUUUAUCUUUUUCCUGUCUUUCUUUUCUUUCUUUUUCUUUUUCUUUUUCUUUUUCUUUUUCUUUUUCUUUUCUCGUUCGAAACUCCCGUCGUAUCGCCAUAAAAGCCAAAUUUUUAGUGACUUCGAGGUGCCACUUUCGACUCCUCGCGAGCUCGACUUGACACACGCAUGUACGAUAGCAGAUGACAUUUUGUUUUUUAAUCUUUCUUCCCCUAUAUCUACUUAUGCGUACGCGCGACGCUAAGGAUUUUUAUUUAUUUCGCCGAUUGAUCGCGUCUUCGCGAAAGUUCUUGUUUUUUCGUUUGCUCGUAGGUGAUAAGAGAAAAAGAAAAAUUUUUCUUUUAAACUUUUUUUUCUCGACGAGCUCCAGAAUACGCAUACGUUUUAACGCGGCUUUUCCUACUUCUACCAAAACGUCGUCGUGUACAUAUGCAGCAUUCGUAUACGCGUAUGUACAGGUAGAGAAAGAGAUCGACGAAGCGAAACGUACGGCUUCGAGAGAACUCUCGAAAAGACUUUGCACGCGAUUUCUCGAGCGAUCCUAUAUUCUUUUUCUCAUUAGAUCGUCACUGCUUCCAAAAUAGUACGGGCACUUUCGCGAAAGACAAAUCCCGAUGAUGGCAUCGACGAGAAAAACCGACGAGUUUUACCCUUUGCGUUGACGUUUGACCAUACUCAAAAAAAAGAAAAAAAAAAAGAAAAAAAUUAAAAUAGCAAGACUUUUGGAAGAGAAUCGAUGAUAAGCGGAUAGAGCGAACGAGCGAACGAACGAACCCGCGUAGAUAUCACUUUUUUCGGCACCUUCCUCGAGGAUCGACGACGCUCGAGCAACGGCGAAUGCCUGGAUUAAAUUUUCUUUGAAAUCGAAUAGCGAUAGGACGGACGACGAGAUGGUUGCGCGACGGCGCAACCCAGACGCAGCGCGGGUCGAUAAAUUCUCUCUUCCCUGUGUGUAUGUGUGUGUGUGCGUGUGUGUGUGUGCGCGCGCGCGCGUGCGUGUGCGCGAGAGAGUGCGAGAGAUCAAGCCAAAGUAUAACUGUCCAAAGUGAACGGCCGAGCCAAUCUUUCCACGUAUGCAGCUUUGUAUAAUAAAGGUCUUUUAUCCCUUCGCUUUGUUCCUACGAAAGCGUCACGAGGCAGUAAUACACGCGGUACGAAUUACUCGACGCGUUCGAUCAAAAUUGGACGAGCGCGAAGCGAUCGCGUCGGAAGCAAUUGUUCCAAACUGUUGUAACCGACCCUAACAAUUUUGGAAAGAAAUGAGCGAACGAGCCUUGUCGCUACUCGACGACGAUCUCGACAGCCUAUUCGCGAAGCACGAAGAGAGAACCACGAUCUAGAUUAGGAUCUAGACGAUAGGAUUGUUACGUCCACGAGCAGAAUGUUUUGUAAAUAUGUAUUUUCUCCUUUUGUAACGCCAACUACAAUAUCAUUUCUUUCCAGUCGUAUCCUCUUUAUUUUAUAACCGCCACGAAAGUCGUCCAUGACUGCUGAAAUGAUAAAACUAUGUAGAACGGUUUAUUACAAUUUUCAACUUUUAUUUACACGAUAUAUUUAUAUGUAUGUGCACAUACAUAUAUAUAUAUACAUAUAUAUAUAUAUAUAUA